ACGUGGUCCCCGUUCCCCGAUGACUCGGAUGAACGUCUCAAACAGGUUGUCGAUUUCUGGAACGAAGGCGAGAUGGAUUACCCAGCUGAACUUAACCCGUCUUUAGAAAAGCACUUUGAGCAGCUGACAGGCUCCAGGACCAAUCUGAAAGUACUCGUGACCCUAUGUGGAAAAGCUGAGGAUUUGAGAUGGUUAUCGGACAAAGGUCACUAUGUUGUGGGAGUGGACAUCGCAGAGAAAGCUGCCAGGGAUUUCUUCUCUGAACAGAAGCUGGAGUACACAACAGAAGAAGUUCCGGGCAUCAAGGGGAAGGUGUUCACUAGCAAGACGGGCGAACUGAAAUAUUACUGUGAAAACUUCUUCACCUUUUCUCGGUAAGUAGUAAAAUAAAAAUGUCAUAUGCUCUCACUCGCUUGAUAACGGUCUUAGCAUCUACACCCAAACGUCGCAUGUACUGUAACAAAGAAGUUGUAUAUCCACAGACCUAUCCCCUUGUACAUCCAACUCCCAAAAGCCACUCAAAUAGGUUGCUCUCAGUGAGUCAGAGUACAUAGUACUAGUAGUAGUAGUAGUAGUAGUAGUAGUAGUAGUAGUAGUAGUUGUUGUAGUUGAGGGGCGGGAGGAGGAUGUAUGAUGAAUAAUAGUUGGUGUUGCCAGUAUUCGAUGAUUGUAUCUGCUAUUGUGUAGUAAUUAUAUGGCAUGUUGAAAAAAACUAGCUUACAAAAUUGCUUCCGACUCCGAGCACUUUCUUCACAAUGAAUAUAUACCUUUACCUUCUGGACGCCGCUUUCAAACUCCACUUUUUUAGAACUAACAGGGAAUCAACAUAAUUUAUUCCAACCAGCAUCGCUAUUUUAAAACCAGUAAAUUUACGCUAAACUUUUAUCGGUUGUAUUCUCAUACGUCAACCUGACAUUGUAUCUUCUGUAUUUUAAAUUAUAAGCUCCUGCAUCAAGCAAUUACCUCUAUGUUUUUAUAUUUCACUCUCCUGUUAUGACCUGUUUGAGUGCUAUUUUUAUUCAGUAAAGUUUAAAUUAUACAUCAUAUACCAUAAACUGUACAUGUUUAUACCAGUUUAUACCAUAGUCCCUAUGUGUAAAUACUGUGUUGUUGUGUUGAUUCGCAUAUAGUUACAUGUACUAUUUACUGCUUUUACGUAUUAUAGCAUCUGAUGUACAACAAAUUCGCUUUCGGACAAAUAAAGUAUUUAUUUUUUUAA